UGCACAAAGGGCAAAAGGACCGUAAGGGCCGGACAGGUUGCUUGUCAGCCGCGGGCUGGGUCCUUUUUGCCUGGAGAAAAGCGGACUCGGGGGCUUUUCUCCACCCGCUUUCUCCGCUCUGCCCAGCCGCCGACCCCCACUCCCUGGAGUUUCGCGAUGCCCUUCCCUUUGCUGAGCCUGGCAUUGCUGCUGGCUAGGGUGACUCGGCCCGGGCUGGCGGGGCCAGUCAGCACUUGCGAUGCCAACGGGAGCCUCUACUUCCUAGGGGAAUGGUAUUCCCUGGAGAAUGACCACUGCAUCCAGUGCGAGUGCACGGCGGAAGGGCCAGCUUGUGCCCGCAUGGAUUGCGCCGCUCUGCCGCCUGCCUGCAUUCACGUCAGCCACUAUCCGGGCGACUGUUGUCCGCGCUGCGAACGCGUCGGCUGUGAGCACCGAGAGCAGGUUUAUGACCUGGGACAGUAUUUCCAGCCUUCCGAAUGCGAGCAGUGCAUUUGUGACUUGGAUGGGAUUGCCCGCUGCCUGGUAGCAGACUGUGCCCCUCCGCCAUGUGUCAAUCCCAUCUAUGAGAAAGGCCAUUGCUGCCCCAUCUGCAAAGAAGGACCAAAUUGUUAUGUUGAUGGGAGCCAACACAUCAUUCCUGCUGGAGAUAGUGUCUGGGUCGGUCCCUGUACUCGCUGCCACUGUCACGAUGGCCAAGAUGCUGGCUACUGGGAAGGAAACCGCUUAGCUAAAUGUGAGCAGCUGACAGGAUGCCAAGUUCCAAACAGUCACCAUUCUUAACCCAUUUAAAUAUUAAGUGGUUCCUUAACCACAUCUCAUAAUCUCUUUAAGGGCUAAGUUACAAAGAAACCUCACCAGAUACUCUUCUGCCAAUUCCAAACUACAAUUACCCAUCCUAGACCCUGGAUCAGAGUCCAGUUCCCUACUCCUCCUAUCUAGAUUUUCUAUAAAAGACCCUUCAUUUGCUGCUGCACUACAAUGCCCAUCAUCCCUUGCCAAUGGCACUCCUGCCUAGGGUUGCUAGAAGUGAUACACUUCGGCAACAGCUGCAAGGCAACAACCUUCCCAUCCCUGCUCCCCAAACACAUUGCCAAUAGCAAUUUCUGAUAUAUUUUAUAUAGGAUUUGACUUUCCUAUGUUCAUUCCCCUCCUAGAAUUCCAGUCAAUUCCACUCAAAAGACAACUCUUUUGUACAGGGUUAUACUGAAUAGCUUCAUCUGCAUGAACUUCUUGACUAUGUGACAAUAAAGGAUCCUUAUAAAACA